AUGUUUACCAUUCAGACGGGUUUCAUCAUCAUAUUAAGUCGCCUGGUUCACUGGCCACUCUCCAAGAUUCGUCAGCCCAGGGUCAUCGCAGAGGUCAUCAGUGGGAUUAUUCUAGGUCCCUCAGUGCUGGGCCAUAUCCCAGCAUUUACGGACACAAUCUUCCCAACCGCCAGUCUGCCCAGCUUGAGUGUUGUAGCCAAUCUCAGUUUGAUCCUUUUUCUAUUCCUGGUGGGACUAGAGACAGACCUCCACUUCCUCAUCAGUCACUGGCGUGUCGCGCUAAGUGUUUCGGCAGCGGGAAUGGUCCUGCCAUUCGGACUGUGA